AUGUAUAAAAGAUUAACUGACUUAGCUAAAAGAUUUAAAAUGUCAAAUAUACCAGAACUACUUAAUCCUACUAGUACAACUACCACUCCCACGCCAAUUACAGAUACUACCCCCACAGACAAUGAAGAAUUCACUUACACAACUGAAGGAAAAGCAACAAUUUUAACACCAAAAAAGGAUGAAGUAUUUUAUAAUCCAAUACAACAAUUUAAUAGAGAUUUAUCAACAUUAUCAAUAAUAGCAUAUGAUGAAAUUAGAAAAGAACAAUUUUCCAAAUUAAAAAACAACAAUAAGAGAAAGAAAUUAUCAAAUUUAAAUAUAUUAGAAGCAUUAUCUGCAACAGGAUUAAGAUCUUGUAGAUAUGGUUUAGAAAUCCCCAAUGUUAAUAAAAUUAUAGCGAAUGAUUUAUCAAAAGAUGCGGUAUUAGCAAUAGAUAGAAAUAUAAAACACAAUAAUUUGGAGAGCAUCAUAAAAUCAAAUGAAAAUGAUGCAAUAAAAUUUAUGGGAUCAACAAAUAUGAAAUUCCACAUUAUAGAUUUAGAUCCUUAUGGUACAGCAUCUCCAUUUAUUGAUUCUGCAUUACAAUGUAUAGAAGAUGAAGGAAUGUUAUUAGUUACAUGUACUGAUGCAGCAGUAUUAGCAGGAAGUGGAUAUCCAGAAAAAUGUUUUGCAUUAUAUGGUGGGAAUAAUUUUGGUAAUCUGUAUAUAAAUAAUGAAACAAAUCAUGAAAUUGGUAUAAGAUUAAUUUUAAAUUUAGUUGCAUCAACUGCUGCAAAAUAUAAAAAAUCAAUUGAACCUUUAAUGAGUUUAAGUAUUGAUUAUUAUUUUAGAUGUUGGAUUAAAAUUAAAACAAGUCCAAUAAAAGUUAAAAAUCAUUCAAAUGAAACUAUGAUUGUUUAUGGAUGUAAUGGAUGUGGUAAUAAAAAAAUUCAACCAUUGGGUUUUAAAAAGGGAGAGAAUAAAUUUAUUUAUCCCAAAUUAGUAAGUUCAAUUAUUAGUUCAAAUUGUGAAUUUUGUAAAUCAAGUUUUAAUAUUGCUGGUCCAAUGUAUUCAGGUUUUUUACAAAAUGAAAAUUUUAUAAAUAAAAUACUAGAAUUAAAUUCUCAAACAUCAAAUAAAUCGAUAUAUAAAACUAAUGAAAGAAUAAAAGGUAUGUUAACAUUAGCUAAAAAUGAGUUACGAGAUGUUCCAUUUUAUUAUAAUUUAAAUCAUUUAUCUUCAUUAUUUAAAACUUCUCCAAUAUCAAUUGAUGAGUAUACAAAAGCCGUAGGGAAUUUAAAUGAUCAAAAAGAAGAAGGUGCAGAAGAAGAUAAAUUUAGAAUAAGUUUAACUCAUGCUAAAAAAAAUUGUAUAAAAUCAAAUAUCCCAUGGGAAUUAAAUUUAAAAAUUUUAAAAGAAUGGAUGGUAAAUGUAAAUAAAGAUUAUUAUAAUAAUAUGAUAAAAACUCAUAAUAUUGAACACCCUGAGAAUGGUGAUAUUCAAAUUAAAAAUAAUGAAAAAUUAACAAAAAAAUUAAAUGAUUUAAAAAAUUCAAAUUUCCAAAUUAAUCCAAAUUUAAAUGAAAAUUCAACUGGUUUUAAAAUUUUAAAAUAUUUUGACAAAAAGGAAAAAGAUGAAGAAAAUGAAUUAUCUCAAUUUAAUGAAAGUAAUCAAUCUAAUUCAAGUAAUAAUAGUUCAAGUAAUCAAUCUAAUUCAAAUAGUCAAUCUAAUGCAAACAAACAAUAUUUAAAAGAUUUAAAAAUUGAUUUCACAACUUCAAAUUCAUUAAGUGAAAAUAUUUCAAAAUUAAGAAAAGUUAAAAUGAUUAGAUAUCAAGAAAAUCCGACUAAAAAUUGGGGACCAAUGUCAAGACCAAGAUAG